AUGAAGAUGGAGCUCGCCGGGGUUAACUGGAUGCUUGCAGCUGCAGUGUUUCUUCUGUGCACCAGUGGUGGGUCUGCUGCACCCAUGUUGUGCCACUUCAACUCCAGAGAACUGUGUGUGUUCGAGGGGAGGCACUACACGCUGGGUGAAAGCUGGAUGGACAACGCUUGUAUGCAGUGCACCUGCCUGCACCCCGUCGGCGUCGGUUGCUGCGAGACGGUGCAUCGGCCGGUGGAUUUCCCUGCGUGGUGUGAGAUGCGGGUGGAGUCAUUGACUUGCAAAGCGUCCCUGGUCCAGACAGCCGACCCCCGCUUGCUCUGCUACCCUGGUGAAGACAUCAGGGACCCCGGCCAAGGAUCGCUUCAGCUGCAGCAACACCUCUUGGGGUAGAAAACUGCUGAGACCAGCAACUAUCUGCUCAAUCGAUUCGCCUGUGAAACCAAUACUCACGAUAGUUAAAUACCAGUAACCACUUUUAUAUACAUACUGUACUAAUAUAAAAACUUUAACGGCAUCUGUGCUUUUUGGAUUGUAUGAAGGAAAUGUGAGUGAAGUGUGUCUGUGAAAAUAUAUUUAAGUAAAAAUCCAGCAGAGAAUAUUUUAACACUGAGCUGACCAAAUGAUGCACCUCAGUAAUACAUCUAAAAAUGUUUAGGCAUCAGUUUUUUUU